AUCCCAGAUUACAGCCCAGCUCUGCGUCUUACACUUAAUUCUUCCCUGAAUACUAUUGUACCAAAGUUCAGAGCUCACUACGCGGGACAAAAGGAGAAAGAAGACACUGAACUGCUAGUUCUGGGACAGUUUCAUCUUGCAGAUUUAUUGGGACAAUGAAACAAGUGAGGAAAAGCUUUUGAGACGUUUUCCUUAACUAAGCCAUCUCAUCUGGAAUGCUCCUAUAAAACCUCUGCAGUUACGCCCAGUUUUUGUUGAAGCAAAGCAUCAUGGUAAACAGGAAGUCAGAGGUCCAGCGAAGGAUCGUGUCCAAGGACGGCCAUAACAACGUUCAGAUCGACAAUGUUGAAGGAAUGGUGAAGCUCUACUUGCAUGACAUCUGGACUACUGUAGUGGACAUGAAGUGGCGUUACAAGGUCACUCUGUUUGCCUCCACCUUCAUCAUGACCUGGUUUAUCUUUGGGGUUUUCUUUUAUUUAAUCGGCAUGGGGAAUGGAGACUUUGAUGUUGGGCAAAAUUCAACCCACACACCCUGCCUGAUGAAUGUGGAGACUCUCACUGGAGCCUUCCUGUUCUCUCUGGAGUCACAGACCACUAUAGGUUAUGGUUUUCGAUACAUCUCUGAAGAGUGUCCUCUGGCUAUCUUCACGCUGGUGGCUCAGCUUGUCAUCACAGGUCUUGCUGAGAUCUUUGUCACUGGUGCUUUUCUGGCCAAACUUGCCCGACCAAAGAAGCGAGCAGAAACCAUUAAGUUCAGCCAAGUGGCUGUGAUCUGCAGACACCAAGGCAAGCUGUGUCUGAUGGUGAGAGUGGCCAACAUGAGGAAAAGUCUGCUGAUUCAGUGCCAGCUAACGGGAAAGCUGUUUCAAUCCAAUGUUACCGAAGAAGGAGAGAAGACACAGAUCCAUCAGAGCUCUGUCGAUUUCUACAUGGACUCCAGUGGAGACUGUCCUUUUCUCAUCCUCCCGCUCACCUUCUACCAUGUUAUUGAUGAGAAGAGCCCACUGGCAGGACUGACGGCAGAAACCCUGAGCCAUCGCAACUUUGAGCUGCUCAUCACACUCAAUGCCACCAUGGAAUCGACCGCGGCAACAUGUCAGAGCCGCACCUCUUACGUCCCUGAGGAGAUCCUGUGGGGCUACGAGUUCAAACCGGUGCUAUUUAGCUCUCCCAACUGCCGCUAUGUCGUCGAUUUCAAGUUUUUUGAUCAAGUGCAAAUGAGCAGUGAUGCUUCCUUCCAAAGCAACAACACAGUAAAACUAUAACCGAUGAAGGGACUGAGAGAAAAUUGUGAGAACUAUAGUUUUACAACGCUGUGAUCUUACAGGAAAUUGACCUCAGGGUCUAUCAUCAUUAACAAGUUGUGCCAGGUAUUGGGCGCUGGUCAUUUCACCGAUUACCAUGUUAUACCUCUGGAAAUGUUAUAAUUUCAUACCUUUUUAGGAAUCACAUGGUACCUCAGGAUGUUUUGUACUAACCAUGUAUACAUUGGAACCAACUAUGGGACCCAAAAUAUUGUUUUAAGGAGCCUUCUUUGACCUAAUAAAAGGCUUAAAAGAAAAAAUGGAGAAUAUGACAUCAGUGAAUCAUUUCUACGACUAUGAGAUAAGUUAGUUAUUUCGAUCAGGGCAUCUAAUCUGUCAUAUACCAAACAUAUUAGCUUGCCCAAAUGAAUAGAGCCAUAAUAAAGAGAGACUAAAAGUUUUCAGAUGGGUAUGAAGAGUGAAGAGAGUAUAAAAUAAUCUAUUUGCAAAACAUAAAUUUGCUUGUCUGAGAUUAAAACAAAACUUCAUACCCCAUGGUUUGAGCAAAAUUGUAUGUUUACAGACCGUACAAAACAAAAAAAAGGGAAAAAAUGGGUACUAAACAGAGGUAUGAACUGGUGAAGUGACGUACUGAUCCUGAGCCAGUUAUUCACUCAUAUCACCAAUACCCUGGUUCAAAGGUCUUUUAUUUCAUCAUGUAACAAGGAUGUAAUUUAUUUUUAUCCCUUUCUAACAAUAAAACUUAAUCUUUUAGCAGACGGUAAAAAAAAAAGAAAUAAAUUCAAAUUCUGUAAAGAAAUUUUGCAAUAAACCUUGAGAAAAAAAAAAUGGCCCUCUUUACUAAGAUCUCAAAAUAAGUUUGCCUGCGCAGAGUCUCUUUUGGAUGUGAUUGGUCAGCAAAACAGGCCCCGCCCACCAAAUGACACAAUUUAUUUGAACUUUAAAGUUAUGGGUGAGUCUUAAAAGUGUAAAGAGCAAUGCUUGCAAGUCAAUAUUUUUGAUUUACUAGAAAUGUAAAAAAAUAUAUAUAUAUUUUUAGAUAUUUUGUUUCUUUUUUUAUUAUAUAUAGGGAAAAUAAGUAAUUUAAAUAACAAAAGUUUGGAGCAUGAAUAUGUUUGAUGAAUUUUCUAAUUAUAGUAAUGAUCAUUAUCUUAUAAGAAUGU